AUGGGAAAUUUUUGCUCCAGACAUGAAAAGAAAAGAGAUUAUAAUAACAAACACAAGAAAGAUGGAGGAUUUCAAGCCAUCCAUGCCUCUAAGGUUAGUGCCACAAAAUAUAGAGAUGAUGGUGGUGCUAGAGAUGGUAACAUGGUUUUUAUGACUGCUGCUAUAGCAACCACUCCUGUUGACACAACCUCAGGUGGAUAUCAUGGUCAUCAUGGAGGAGACAGUGGUGGACAUGGAAGUGGUGGAGGUGACGGAGGCGGUGGAGGUGGAUGCGGUGGCGGAGGGUGUGGAGGCGGUUGUGGCGGUUGA